CUUUGUUUACGUCCCGUUGGUUAGCUGACAGCUGUUGUAGCGUUUCACCCACACAAACAACCACGUCUGCGUGUCUCUGGCGGUCACCUGGAGCUUCGCAAACUUUAAGCCGACUACUCUGGAUGUCGUGGAUGGGAUGUUUUGUUGAAUGACGGGGAGCCGCUAGAUGCCGACAGGAGGAUGAACUCCAUCACCGGUCGGGUUCUCGCCAUCCCCGCCGCCUCUGUCACCAACUCUGGAGCUUCAUCCUCUCGAGCCUUACAUGUAGAGCUCACGUCCCAGCAGAGGCGAUUGCGUCAUCUCCGGAGCAUCGCGGCCAGAAACAUUGUCAACAAGAAUGGUUCCCCACUGCUGGACACUUACUUCACCCUCCACCUCUGUAUAGGAGACCGCAUAUCUAGAGAUUUUUACAAGAGUGAAGUCAUACGAGACUCGCUGAAUCCAACUUGGCGGAGUCUGGACUUUGGCAUGCUGCCGGACCUUCUGGACACCUCAGUGUCUUGCUUCGUGGUGAGGAUCUGGGGAGGACAGGAGGAGCAGUACCAGCUCCUUAUAGAAUGGAAGGUCAACCUGGAUGGCCUCAGAUACACAGGACAGCAGAUUCGAUCCAGGAAUCCGAAUGAGAUAAUAUUUGGAUUGAAUGAUGGCUACUAUGCAGCUGACUUUGAUCAUAAGGAUCAGUCGGAGCGGAAGAAAAAGCUUCAGGUCGACCAGAGUUCAGUCAGGAACUCCUACAGUGUUUUCUCUUUGCUCAGGCUUCACACAGCCCAGAGAGCCAUUAAGCAGACCCAAGUGACAGUCCAGAAGAUUGGGAAGGAGAUCGAAGAGAAGCUGAGGACGACGGCGACCUGCACAGAACGGAAGAAAGAGCGAGAGUGCAUGCAGCUGCGUAUAGCCGUGCUGCGCAGUGAGCUGCAACGGCAGAGGAAGGCACUUGGCAGGGAGAUAGAUCUGCGGCAGAAGGAGAGGACACAGCUUCAGAAGAAAGAGGAAGCGUUCUCCGCUCAGCACGAGAGUCUGAAGGAGGAGAAAGAAUCUUUAACCAAGCUGCAGAAGGAAUGCACUGCCAAGAGAGAGCAGUUCCUCAAGUCCAACGCUCAACUCACCUUCCGCUGUCGUCAGCUCCUGUCUGAGCUCUCCUACAUCUACCCCAUUGAUGUGGCUAAUCAGUCAGAUUAUGUCAUCUGCGGAGUGAAGCUGCCAAACUCUGAAGACUUUCAAGCAAAGGAUGAUGGGAGCGUGGCAGUCGCCCUGGGUUACACGUCGCACCUGGUCCUGAUGAUUUCCUGCUUCCUGCAGAUCCCUCUUCGGUAUCCGGUGAUCCACAAGGGUUCACGCUCCUCCAUCAAGGACACAAUCACUGACAGGCUCACUGAGAAGGAGAGAGAGUAA